GAAAAAGCGGAAUAAUUUUAAUAAAACAAAUAAUAUUCUACAAACAUACUGAUAAAUAAAUAAUGUAAAAUGGCUAUAAACUUGGAAAAGAACAAAGAGGCACUAAUAGCCGCAUGGAAAGAUGUUCUGGACGAAAAAACGGACACUAAUUGGGCAUUAUUUGGUUACGACGGUAUGACAAAUGAUCUGAAAUAUGUGAGCAAAGGUGAUGGAGGUCUUACAGAGUUAAUAGACGAGUUUAAUAGUGGCAAAAUACAGUAUGCCUUUCUUAAAAUGGACAUUCCCAGCAACAGUAUAUCCAAAUAUGUCCUUAUCAAUUGGCAGGGUGAGGGAGCACCAACAGUUCGAAAAGGGACUUGCGCAAACCAUAUCAAAUAUGUCUCACAGUUUUUCUCCGGCUUCCACAUGACAUUGCAUGCUCGUAUCGAAGAUGACUUAGAUGAGAAGGUGCUUCUGGAUCAACUGGCGAAGGCUGGAUCGGCAUUCAACUUCAAAAACACUAGGCAGGAGGAGAUACCGCCAUCGGGGCCUGUGGGAACUGUGUAUAAAAAAGUUAAUCCAGUUCAAGAAAUCAAUUCCAAAGAAAGGGAUCAGUUCUGGUUGAAAGAAGAAUUGGAAGAAAAAAAGAGAGUAGAAGCAGAGAAGAAAAGGAGAGAAGAGGAAAAGAAAAAAGCAGAGGAAGAAGUGCGAAGAAGAGAUGAAUUGGAGGCGGCGAAACGACAAAACGGCGACUCCGGGGGCGAAGGCCUGAGCGCGAGCGAGGCGCUCCGGCGGCAGCGGUCGGCGGAGGCGCGGUCCCUCAUCGGGUCGUCAACCAGCGCGGCCCGACAACACUUCCUGCAGCACACUUCGCAGUCGCAGAUAGAACAGAGCAAGUACAAUUCAAGCGUCCCAGAGAAGCCGGUCCGCAGCUCAGUGGUGUCACAGCGGAUCAACUCCUUCUCACAGAACCUGUCUCCAUCAUCACCCACACACCCCCCACGGAGUCCAGAGAAAUCAACCAUCAAGGAAACCACUUCGGAACCACCCAAAACGAGCCCCCUCAAAAACAUAGACAAGAUCAAAAUGAGUUUAGAGACCCCGUCACAGAUACAGUACGAGCCAAUCAUCGAUCCGACUGACUUGAGUCCGAGCACAGAGGAACCGUCUUUCAGUGAAUACGCAGAACAGAAUUAUAGAGAGCUAGAUAUGAAGCAAAGUGAGCCCAUGAUCAAACAGAAUAUUCUAGAGAAUGAUAUGUUCGAUGCAUCCUACUCGAGUUCAAACGAGAACGAUGAUGAUGAUAGUGAUAAUAAGUUCAGCACGAUCAAACGGUCACCGUACAGUAAGAAGGAGGAGGAGUUGAGUAGACAGAAUACGGUGAUAGAGAAUGUUAAUUAUAAGAAGGAGAAUGGAACGUCCGUUGAAGAUUUAUCACCUGAAGGUGUGGACGAAGAAGCUACAAUAUACGAAGACCUGGACGAUGAUCCCGGCCUAACAGCGAGAGCUUUAUACGACUAUCAAGCAGCGGACGAGUCCGAGAUCACGUUCGACCCCGGCGAGCUGAUCACCCACAUCGAACAGGUGGACGCGGGCUGGUGGCAGGGGCUCGGUCCGCGCGGCACCUUCGGCCUCUUCCCGGCCAACUACGUGGAGCUGCUGCCGUGCAGGCCGCGUUGAAAUGAAGAUGGCAUAUUAUAAUGUGCUUUGUGGGUACCGGGUAUGGUCGACUUGUGAAGUAUAAUCUGGCACCUCAGGAAAUCACUGUCAUUAUUUAAUAUUUAUUUACCGUUUAUUUUUGGCUAAAUAGGUUCAUACGUUAU